AGAAGGGACAUACAAGGGGACACAAAAAAGAGACAGAGGAUCCGGACUCCUAUCUUCAUCAGUUCAUCAUCUCUUAUCCUCUCAAACUCAUCUCUCUCAGUCUCUCUCGCAAAAUGUCUCUCCUCCACCUCCCUCUCUCCCAAUUCAAAUCUCUCUCCCUCACCUCCCCCUUCCUCCACCCAACCCCCCUCCCCCACCUCUCCAAGCCCCCCUCCUUCCUCCCCCCUCGCCCCCUCUCCACUCCCCCCAUCCGCGCCAUGAAAACCCUCCAGGGCCGCGUCGUCUGCGCCACAAACGACAAAACCGUCUCCGUCGAAGUCACCCGCUUGGCCCCACAUCCCAAGUACAAGCGCAGAGUGAGGAAGAAGAAGAAGUUCCAGGCCCAUGACCCGGAAAACAAGUUUCAAGUGGGGGAUUAUGUGCAGCUUGAGAAAUGUAGGCCUAUUAGUAAGACCAAGACGUUUCUUGCUAUUCCGGUUCCUCCGAGGAAUGCGAAGAAGGAGGCUGUGUCGAAUGAGCUCGGGCUUCCGUUGGCUUCUGCGCAGGCUUGAGUGGCAAUUAUGGUUGUUUCCUCGACUUAUUGUUGUUACAUUGUGAAAUUUAAUGUUUAAUGAAAUAAUGUGUUUUUGGUGACUUUGUUGUUUCAAUAUAUUCGAUAUUUGAGUGA